AUGAAAAAAGGUCAAACCAAAGAAUACAAAACCACUCUCCUAGAUGAAUACAUUGAAAUGCUCAUUCAAGAUAAGAAUAAGGACUUGAGUCAGCUCUUCCGAUUAUACUGUGAAAAAUCGUUGGCACUCGAAAAUGUACUUCUUAUGGACACACUCGUUCACAUGAAACGAAAAUCAACAAGUAUUCCUAUUGAGGCAUUGAAAGAAAUACAAGAACAAUUUCUAGCUCCCUUCUCGACCUAUGAAGUCAAUGUUCCCAUGAAAGUGAAAAGAAGUAUUAUAGAUGCCAUGGAUGAUGCUUCCAAAAAGAACUUGCAAAAAGUGAAUACCGAAAUUUUGAAUGAAAUUAUGGUCGAGACAGAAUACAACUUGCGUUCAACGUUUAUGAGGUUCCAAAAAACGAAUGAAUUUAUGCAAUGGGAAGAGAUUUAUCAACUUCAGAAAGAUCAAUCAGCAUUGACUUGA